CGCCGGACCCCCUCAAAGUACGAAGGGUCCAUGCGGAGUCCCAGCCGGUCCUGACAUGUUGCAGCCCCUGAGUGACCAGGACAGCGGCUAUGGAGAGAUCAGUGACCCCCCGCCGUCGCUCUGGAGGCUGGUGGAGGAGCAGGUACCCGCCAGUGAGAGGGCCGAGAUCAAGAGGAUUCUGGGAGAGGCCGCCGUGGACCUGAGCCUGGACCUGCACGCAGAGGUUGAGGUUCUGCUGGAACUGUGUAGAGAGACCAGAUCCUCCAGUCCUGCCUCCUUCCAGAGACCCCCCAGCCGCUGCUCAGUCCUGGCUGACCCUCCGGUGAUAAAGGAGAUGGUGACGCAGGAAAUUCGGAUGUUACUACUCAGUGUGAGGAGUAAAGCGCGACACCAGGGCCUUGACGAGGACCAGGCCCUUUCCAAGUACAACCCCAAGGUGGUGACGUACGUGAUGGGGCCCGGGCGGCCGCAGAGCAGAGCCCGGUCCAGAGAGAGCAGAUGGGGCCGACCCAUAAGCCAAGCUGGAGGUGAGCGGCCUCUCUCCUCUCUCUCUACUGGCUCCAGCAUUGAGGACGACCUGGAGGAACUUAAGGACAAACUCAAGAUUUCUGACAUUGAUGUAGUUGUACGACACCUUCAAUCCCUACUAGAGGACGAGUGUCAGUCCCUGAAGAGAGACAUUACCAACCUGCAGGUAAGUGACACCCAGAUACAGCAACAGAGGAGAGACAGGGGGGACAUUAGAGUUUCCUUUGUCUUCUUGGUGAGGUCGGUAUCUGUAGACGGAUCUGAAGUCUCCUUAUUUGUGUUUUCUAUACAGCAAAACCUUGAAGACGAUUGUCUGUACGCGGAGGAGACGCCGCCGGCCGAUCCCUCUCUGACAGAGCUGAAGGAGGAGAGACGGAUCAUCGAGAGGGAUCUGCAGCUCGAUCAGCUGUCAGCGACGUCCGUACAAUCACCCAAGAACAGGACCCCGGCCAGGUCACGGGAUGCCGUAAAAAGAGACUUGUUGGGAGCGCCGGAGUUCCGGGCACCUCCACAGACAUCCAAUCCGUCCCAAUCACACCAAUACAAGAUGGCGCCGUGCCCUCCACACCCAAAACUGAGCUCACCGGCGAGGAAGAAACAGGACGCCUUGUCCUCCCCCCUGCCCGUGUCCUCCCCCCUGCCCGUGUCCUCACUAAGAAGCCCGGACAGGAUUCCAUCUGCUGGACAGGAAGUGGGCCCGGAUUACCCUCAUAAACCUGCUAAUGCACCCGGCAGUCUGGAGCGCCUGUCCCGGGCAUACCCCCCGAGCCGGAAUCAGGGACUACCCACCAUGAAUUGUGUCCCCGCAGACAGCAGUCGGUCCACACAUGGAGGGAAGCCACCAGAUGCUUUGUAUGUUCCCGCACCUCCCCCGGCUCACAGACCACCCAGCGGUGCCAGCUUGGUGCCAGCAUUCCGCAGAGUGAGGGCAAAGCUUCCAAACAUGCCGCCCUGAUCCGAAAC